UUGGGCUUGAUUGUAAUAGAAUAAUUAAUUUUUUAAGCACUGUAGUUGUCAAUUAAAUCAUGAAUUAGGGUUAGGGUGUGAGGAAAGCCUAAUACAAAAGGGAUUAAGAUAGGAGGGGACGUAAUAUGUGGGAGAGAUGAUGGUUCUGGAUAGUUUAGCCAAUCUGGCUGAGCAGAUAUAAAUCCAAAUUAAUUUUAUACUGGGAAUUAUAAUUUAAGCUGUCAGAAGCAAAGUAGUGUAAAGGUAAAAUUGUUCCAGGUUAACAAAUUCUUGCAGGUUUUAUUUGUAGGUUUUGUUAAAAUAAUAAAUCGAGACAAAGGAGUAGUCAGUAGAUAGUUCUAUGUAUUGUGUUUCAAUCAAAAAUUUUAACCGUAGUACUUAACAAAUAUUUAGAUAUAUGGGGCGUUUAAAAAUGAAAGGUCAUCAUAGUGCCGUUUUAUGCUUUAAACGUGAAAGAAUAGUCAAGAGCUCUUUCCUCCUAAUUUUAUUCUUAUUUAUACUUUCUGUGAUAAUAACGCCCACUUAUGCGAAAGAGAAAGAUAUGGAAUUACGUCUAGUACAAGUGUUAUUCCGCCACGGGGCUCGGAAUCCAAUAGAUCCUUAUCCUGCAGACCCUUACAAGGACGAGUCAUUUUGGCCAGAAGGGUUUUCACAACUUACAAAGAUUGGGAAGCAACAGCAUUACGCUCUCGGAAAAUACUUUCGUGUUCGCUACAAUAACUUUCUAAACUCGUCCUACUCCCCGUAUGAGAUUUAUGUUCAAGCAUCAGACGUGGAUCGGACGUUGAUGAGCGCUGAAGUGGACUUGGCUGGUCUAUAUCCACCUAAUUCUGGUGAGGUGUGGAAUGACAAAAUUCAGUGGCAACCAAUCCCUGUUCAUACAAAACCAUUAAACUCAGAUAACAUAGUGAGGAUGUCUGCACCAUGUCCAAAACUACAAAGAUUGAUUGAUGCCUUCAAUCAAGGACCAGAAAUGAGUCAGAUUUAUAACGAGAACCGAGAGCUGUUUGAAUAUUUGGAAAAAAAUGCUGGAAAACCUAUCAGAACUUUGCAGGACGUAGAUUAUUUAUAUGACGAUUUAUUUAUUGAGAACUUGCACAACUAUAGUUUACCUGAUUGGACAAAGAAAGUUUUUCCUGGUAAUGCAUUCCUGAACUUGACGGCACUCUCUUUUAAAGUGAUUACUUGGAAUGCUGAAAUGAAGCGGUUGAAGGCUGGUCCACUAGUGAAAGAGCUAGUCUCACAUUUUCAUGAAAAGUCGAUUGGAUCCGAAAAAAUGGACCAUCGACGUAAACUAUUUAUGUAUUCAGGUCACGACACAACAGUCGCCAGUUUACUCAACUCUCUAGGAAUGUAUAACGACAUCCCACCACCUUAUGCAUGUGCCGUAAUGCUAGAGCUGUACCGAAAUAUUUCAAGCGGUUCCCAUUCUGUGAAGAUUUUCUAUAGGAAUGAUACCAAAAGUGAUCCGUAUUUGCUUACGUUACCCGGAUGCAAUUCGUCUUGCCCCCUCGAUUCUUUCAUGGAACUUACGCAAAGCGUUAUACCCUUGAAUUGGGAGAGCGAAUGUGAGAGUGGGUUUUUAGGACUGAACGGUAUCUCCCUAGCUGCUCUAAUUUUAGGAUCAUUCUUCUCUGUCCUGCUAAUUGUAUCCAUGCUGGCCGUGGCUUUAGCCAAGAGAAAAAAGAUGAACAAUCCGGCAUACCCCUACCUACACCUACAAAUGGAAGACGAAGAUGCAUAAUUAUCUAACAAGACUGGAAUCACUGACUAUACUAUUAACUAAAUAACUAACCAUGAAAUUCGGAAAAAAUAAUUUGGAGAUAGAAACUGUAGCAUAUAAGACUGACUUGCAGAAUAUAGAUUAAUAUUGGAUUACCUCGUCAAACUAUAAUAUUCAAAUUAAAAAACUAGUUUUGUUAAUAAAUAUUUUAUCAAUACACAA